GUCCUACAGUUGUGAAAUUUCUGCGCCGGCAAUUCAAAUUUCUGCAAUUUGCAACAUAUUUCUGUAAAUAAACAUUUUAAAUGGCUUCUAACAAGGAAUGCCUCAUAAUUGUGCUGGAUGUGCGCACUUGUGCCGCCGAAGAAGUCAAACUCAAAGCCGCAAAAUGUGUGGCGGAGAUUCUCAAGGACAAGAUCGUGUGCGAUAAGAAGGAUUAUGUGUCUUUUGUCCUAGUGGGAUGCGACAGCAAUAAAGACGAUAAUAGGGGCAAAAACGAGAAUCACAAAGCCUAUCCAAAUGUGGUGCGAUUUGGAGACCCACAACUGUGCAAUUGGAAGCUCUUACUGGACUUCUUUGCGUUUGUCAACAAAACCGCUUGCGAGGAGGGACAAUGGUUGGAUGGUUUGCAGGCGGCCAUGGAACUGCAGGACACUGCUGUGUCUUUUAAGACAGCGAGGCAAAGGAUUCUCCUCCUCUUCGAUUUCAAUGACUUUCCGCAGGACUACGAGAUGUUCAACGAAAUCACGGACGAUUUGCUCAACAAGAACAUCAAUUUAAUUGUGGGCACCCACAACAUAGCCUACAUAGACAAUGCCGAGACCGAUCAACCGCAGGCCAUUUUCAACUUCUCCCGAAAGUGCGGCUCCGUGGCGCUGGAGAACCAGAAGCACGUUCUCAGCCUCGUUCCCCGCUGCAAUGCUACGCUGUGCAGCUUCAAGGAGGCCCUGCUCACAGUCUUCAAGGUGACCAAUCGACGGCCGUGGGUGUGGAACGCCAAGCUGCACAUCGGCAGCAAGAUCUCCAUUAGCCUGCAGGGCAUGAUCGCAAUGAAGAACCAGACGCCGGUCAAGUUGGUCAAGGUCUGGGCGGAGGACGAUGAGACGGUGACCCGCGAGAUACGGCACUUCAUUAAGGGCACCGAGGUGACACCGCUGCCGGAGGAUUUGAUGGCUGGCUACAUGCUGGGCGGCACUCCGGUGCCCUACGAUGACACCCUGCUGGAGCCAAAAGAACCGCAUCCGCCUGGCCUGCAUUUCUUCGGGUUCAUCAAGCGAAAUGCGGUGCCGGAUGAGUACUUUUGUGGCGAUUCCUUGUACCUUCUGGCGCACCAGAAGGGCAACAAAGCCGCCGGCGUCAAACUGGACGCCCUUGUGCGUGCCCUGCUCUCUUCGGAUCAGGCCAUCCUCUGCUGGAAGAUCUUCAGCGCCAAGUUUAAUAGGCCCAAUAUGGUGGUGCUUCUACCCCGACUAGCAGACGAUAACCAUCCGGCCACUUUGUACAUGUUAGAGGUGUCCUACACGGCCCAGCACCAUUUCUGGGACUUUCCCGCCCUGCGGACCACCAAGACGCAGUGCAGCGAGGACCAGCUGGACGCCAUUGACCAGCUAAUCGACAGCACCGACCUGGAAUGCAGUUUGCGGGACACGCAACAACCGCGUCCGUGGUCCCAAAACGAUCUGCUGCCCUUCGACGGACUGCCUAGCAUAUUUGAGCAAAACGUGAUGGACGUCCUGGAGCGAAAGGUUAUCAAGGAUAACGAUCGCGAUGAUAAAGUGCUCAAGGACAAGAAAUUCGCGGAUGUCUUUUGGCGUGUGCCGGAACCUCUGGAGGAGAAGUCCAAAAGGGCGGCGGUCGGUGUUAAGAAGCUCUUUCCACUGCGCUUCAGUCGCGCCUGGCAGGAAAAGCAGCUUGCCAAGGAGCAGGCGGAAAAUGGGGUGCAGGUCAAGCAGGAGCCGCCGGAGAAGGAGAUCCCCUUGCCGUCGGACGGCGUGGGUCUGACCAAUCCCGGUGCAGAUUUUACUCGCAUCUUGGCUAGCGUUAGCUCCAUCACAAAUGCCACCCAGCGAGAUGCCCGCUUUCAGGCGCUGGCUGCCGAUACUCGCGUGGUUAUUCUCACCCUAAUGGAGCGCAAAAAACUGAACCUGAAUGAGCUGGGCGAGAUUAUCAAACUGUACCGGCAGAGCUGCUUGGACUUCAAUGCCUUCCUGGAGUACGACAAGUUCGCAGAGGAGAUAAAGAAGGUCGCGGUGGCAAAGAAUCACAGUGGAUUUUGGCAGGACGUCAUGGUGGACAAACAAUUAGGGCCUUUGGUCUUGGGUGAACCCACCCUGGACGACGAAUUGGCCCUGAAAGCCUACUAUACGGUCGAAAAUUGGGAACAGGAGGAAGAAAUGGAGAACUAAACUUUUUUUUAUAUUAAGCUAAGUUGUUAUCUUUCGCCAUUUGUAUAUUCAUUCCAUACUUUUGAUUGGAAACAAAAUGUUUAUUAAAUUUAUUU